GGUUCUCUCCUAGCACACGUACGCAUGUGUCUGUCAAUCAGCUGGGCUUAUGCACAGACGUCCCAAGACUCACACAUCAACGCGGCCCAAAGCCUGGCUAUCGGACGCUGAGCAGGUAUCCGGUGAGGUAUUCACUCUCGGCAUAGAAGGGGUCCCGAGGAUGGUCCCCAGACGCAUGCAGCUCACGCACCACACAAAGCUGCACAUGAACACACACAGAUGACGCAAACGGACCCUGACGGCUGGCUGCCCGGUGGCACACCCGUGUUGAUUGCCUGCCUGUCUGUUGGCUUGCUGUGCGGCCAGCUUAAGCACGUCGAGGAAGGCGCCGCUGUGGGUGACCACCUGCAACCACCACACACACACACACACACAUUUAUAGGGCCGCCUGCAAGUGUGUCCCGUUGUGUGUACCUGUGAGCAUGUGCACGUCAGCAGGAGGCCCUCAGACCUCACCAGCUGACCAAACCACACACACACACACACAGGCAGGAAUCAACGAAGAUACCAACGAUAAGUAAAUGCUUUAUAUGAUGUACCCACACGUACCUUGAUGACGGCAGCAUUGAGGUGCACCAGCUGCUCGACGGCCUCUCCCACGCCCCCUCCCUCUUCCCAUGCCGACGUGCCACCCACGUUGGCCCUCUUGGGUGGGUCGCACACCACCAGGUCAUAGACGCCGCCCGCCUCGCCCUCCCGACACACAUACUCCAUGACGUCGCUCUGCACCGCCCUCACGUGGCCCUCCAGGCCGUUGAGCUGCGCGUUGCGGUGGAGUGUGGCGAUGGCCUCGGGCGAGUGGUCGACGGCGGUGAUCGACACAGCCAUGGGGGUGGGAGGGGGGCGGGAUGACUGUUGUUGGGCGGUGGCCAGGUGGUGCUGGUACGCAUGGGCCAUGUUGAGGGCAAACCCACCUGGGGUGGUGUGGUAGAUGGAAUGGCCAACAGGACAUAGAUACAUGUGUGUCUCAGCGAGGUGCUGGUGUGUGCCUACUUACCUACCUGUGUAUGAGAAGAGGUCGAGGCCUCUGCAUUGCCUGACGGCCGACCACUGCGUGUGGUGCCUCUGUGAGACGUCGCGCCAGCUCCUCUUGUGCUCGCCACUAAUGCGAUCCAAUAGACGCGAAAACAGGUCGCGCACCUGACCAGCCAUACAUAUCAGACACACAGAGACAUGGGCUGCCUUUCUUUCUGUCUGUAUGAGUGUGUGUUGAGUGGUGUACGGUACGUAUGUACCAUUAGCCUGUUGUCCCUCAUGUCGAUGAACCACCCGGUCUUCUGGCCGCGCCACGGCGACACCUCAUACCGCAGCCCGCCCUCACAUAUACACACCGGCGACCCGUCACUCGCACCUGCACACGCACAUCAAUGGCCGGCCAUCUAUCUGCAUUCAUUCGUAUGAGCACCCUUGUCUGUCUGUCUGUCUGUCUUUGUGUUGUGUCCGCACCGCUGGGCCCCUGGUUGGCGGCUGGGGUAUGGUCGCCUCUCUUGGGCUGCCAGCCGUCCACUUUGAGCUGGCCCAUGCUGCGACGCCACCACACGGCCGGCCGGCUGCCCUCAUGGUGGGCAUCAGUAUCGCCACGUGAGAGGGGACGGGACAGCUGGGAACGGAGCGCCUGAUGUCAUUCAUGCAUGUAACAACCAGACAGGGCAGUGAGUGAGUGAGUGCAUCUCUGAUGGACGAGCAGCGCAGUGUCGCCUUGUGUGUGCCGUGCCGUGUGUGAAGAUUUGUCAACUGACAUGCAUACAUACAUACAUACGUGGUGUAUCUCCGGUCGCCAUAUCUCUGUCCACAGCGCCGAUGGCCUGACGACGACGUGGCGGGCGUAGACAUCGACACAGAGUCCCGAGAGCCCGUCGCCCUCCACAUUGACCAGCCGAUAGGCAUCGGUGACCCCCUCACACGGGAGACCCAGACACAGCCGUCGCUGAGGUGUAACAAACAGCACACAAUAUGCACACGCAAGCACUGCACUGCACUGCUGCCUCCCAUGUCCCACAGCCGGUAUGCAUUUCUUACGCACGUUCCUGGCCCGCCGUAUUUUGUCGUGCAUCAUGGUGUGUACGUCCAUUGUGUCGCUGGCACUUGAGGCAGCCCCCAUGGCCAUGAGCCGGACACGAAAGACCGACAGCGGGUUCCAGAAGCCCCACCCCAAGACCUCUCCCCGGCCGUCCACCGCCACCGCCAGGCAGCCUGGCGGCGCACUCACGGGGGCGGUGCGGAUGUGCACCGAUGAAGGACCAGUCAAAGCACACCACGCAACGCUGCACAGCGAGAGGAAAAGCCAACACCACACGUGACAAGAGUGCCCCUACCACUGCCUGCCCCUCCCUGCCUCACCGUCUGACGGCGGGUGCCCGCACGACAGGCGAGCCCUCCUCCCAGUGGUUGGGGUACCGACCCACCGCAGAGGCCAGCUUCUCAUGGUCGCCCUCACGCCGCACACACACCACACACACGUGACGCUGCGCCUCACGCCACUCCAAAGGAGCCCGGCCGGCAGGGAAGGCGAAGUAUCGACACACCAGCCCACGAACCGCCGCAGACAGCCACACGGGCAGCUCGGCGAGGGACAGAUCAGAGGGGGGUAAGUCUAUGUGCCAGGCCGACUGCUGCUGGGCGGCUGCCAGGGCAUCGCUCUCCUCGGCAGAUGAGCAGAUCGCCCGUUGGUCCAGUUGCUGCCUUCUUAUAGCUGCGAGGGCCUCAGCUGCCGCCUGCUGAACCACCCCUGAUGACGGCCGGUGCUUGUGAGUCGGUGCGGCAUCCUCUUUGGGCGGGUAGGGACUGCCGUGGCGAGUGGCCUCGACCGUCGCGAUGGGCCUUAUCGACGCACGGCGGGCGGACACGAUGAGAUGAGGGCCUCCAAGCCGAGAGCUGACACACGUCCCUGUGAGCAUCACCAACUCAUCACUUUGACACUCAAGCUGAAGAUCUCUUCAUAAAGUGUGAAGCCCGUCGCUCCAUCAACCCCAUAAUUGCUUCACAGAGAGGAGAAAC